ACGUCAUCCAUCCAGCCCAGCGAGGCUGGUGGGAAGGGGAGGGGGUGGUCUUCGCUGGAGCCCUCAGCAGCGGAGCCACUGCUGGGGCUCCCCAGUACAGCUGCCCUACUCCCUGUGUCUCCACUGGGUCUGAGGGAGAGAGGGAGGGGGAAGAGUCCCCAGCCCUCUGCUCCCUCUCUCUCUCUCCAGCUGCUGCCCCCUCCCCAAAAUCCAUCUUGGGACAAGCCUCCAGUCCUGACCACAACCCAGACUCCAGGAAGCCAAGAUGGAUUACAACAGCUUCAGUGGGGCGCCCCGCUUCCUCACCCGGCCCAAGGCUUUCCUGGUGUCAGUGGGCAAAGAUGCCACCCUGAGCUGCCAGAUUGUGGGCAACCCAGUGCCGAUGGUGAGCUGGGAGAAGGACCAGGUGCCUGUGGCCUCGGGUGGGCGCUUCCGUAUGAGUGAGGAGGGUGACCUGUACCGCCUGACCAUCGUGGACCUUACCCUGGAGGACAGUGGCCAGUAUAUGUGCCGGGCCCGCAAUUCCAUCGGAGAGGCCUUUGCCGCAGUCAGCCUGCACGUUGGCGAGGACACCAUGAGAGCGGAGCUAGCUCCCUACUUCCUUCUGCGGCCCACAUCUAUCCGGGUGAGCGUGGGAGAGGAUGCCACCUUCCGCUGCCGGGUGCAGGGCAGUCCCCCGAUGUCGGUCAGCUGGACUAAAGACGGCCAGCGGCUGGGCGAGCCAUCGUCUCCUGAUUUCCACCGUGUGAAGGUGGAGGCUCGGGGUGAAGACAGCUCCCUGAGGAUCCGGGGUGCCCGUCCCCGGGAUGGCGGCACCUACACUGUCUUGGCAGAGAACCUGAUUGGCUCUACCAGUGCCGCUGCGGCCCUCGUGGUAGAUGAGAAGUCCCUCCUCAGUCCCAGGGCUGCUGAUGCCUCCUCUGGGACAACCGCCCUGCUGUCGCACCUACAGAGGCGGAGGGAGGAGAUACGAUCAGAGGGCACCAAUUCUAGCUCCAGCUUGGGGCGCUGGUCCAGCGGGGGCACGCGCACAUGCACGGUGACUGAGGGCAAGCAUGCUCGCCUCAGCUGCUUCGUGACUGGGGAGCCCAAGCCUGAGACGAUCUGGAAGAAAGAUGGGGAGGUGGUGGUGGAGGGCCGGAGGCACAUGGUUUAUGAAGACGAGCAGGAGAACUUUGUUCUUAAGAUCCUCUACUGCAAACAGGAGGACAACGGGCUCUACACAUGCACAGCCUCCAAUCUGGUGGGGCAGACCUAUAGCUCUGUGCUGGUGGUGGUGAGAGAACCCACUGUACCCUUCAAGAAGAGGCUGCAUGACUUGGAGGUUCGGGAGAAGGAAGCUGCCACCUUCCAGUGUGAGGUACCCCUUCCUGCCACAGAAGCUUCUUGGUAUAAGGAAGAGACCAGACUGCGGCACAGCAACAAGUACAACAUCGAGGAGGAAGGCACUUGGCGCCGGCUGACUGUGCAAAAUGUCACCACAGAUGAUGAUGCUGUCUAUAUCUGUGAGAUGAAGGAGGGCAGCAGGACCAUUGCUGAGCUUUCUGUCCAAGGUAACAUCAUCAAGAAGCUUCCAAGGAAGACUAUGGUGCUCACUGGGGACACAGCCAUCUUCUGUGUGGAAUUGGCAGCCUCAGCUGAUCCCAUCCGAUGGUUGAGGAACCAGGAGGAAGUCAAGGCUGGGGACCGCAUAACAAUCACUUCCACAGGCACCUGCCACACUUUGACCAUCAAACAGUGCUGCCAGGAGGAUGCUGGGGAGGUGGCUUUCCUGGCUGGCGAAUGCAGGACCUCCACCCAGUUCGUUGUGUCUGCACCCAGGAAGCCUCCUCCACAAGCUCCCUACGAACCCGUGGUGAAGGCUAAAACGGACAGCUCUGUGACACUCGGAUGGUCUCCACCACGGCUAGAUCGCCCCAUCGCCAUCGAUGGCUACCUAGUGGAAAGGAAGAAACUGGGCAGCCAGAGAUGGACUCGGUGCCAUGAGAUGGAGAGAAUUUCUACACUCGAGAUGACUGUGAGCAGUCUGAUGGAGGCAGGAGAUUACCAAUUCCGAGUGGCAGCCGUCAACAGCUUUGGCCAGGGUCCCUACCUUGAAUUUCCAGGGACCAUCCACCUGGAACCCCAACUGGCUGUGAAGACACCUUUGCAGGCUGUAGAAGCAGUAGCUGGUGGUGAGGUGACUUUCACUGUGGACCUCACCGUGGCUUCCUCUGGUGAGUGGUUCUUGGAUGGACGGGCCCUGCCGGUCAGUGACAUAUAUGUGAUUCGCUGCAAAGGCACCCAACAUUCCUUGACCAUCAGCCCAGUCCCUGCCAACCUGCAUGGUGCCCAGCUCAAAUUUGUGGCCAAUGGUAUAGAAAGCAGUAUCCGGAUGGAGGUCAGAGCCGCCCCGGUGCGCAUCACCAACAAGUCCGCAGCGGUGCAGAAGAUCUCAGCCCGCCUGCACGAGGAGGCGCAGCUCUUGGCGGAGCUGUCAGACCAGGCUGCCGCUGUGACGUGGCUGAAGGACGGUCGGGCCCUGCCCAGUGGACCCAAAUAUGAGCUCCAGGCCACAGAGCAGCGGCGGGUGCUGCGGGUGCGCGACGUGGCCAGGGACGACGCUGGCCUCUACGAGUGUCUCAGCCACGGGGACCGCAUCGCCUAUCAGCUCUCCGUGCAAGAUCUCGUCCAUUUUCUCCACAAAGAGGUGGCAGGAGGAUCCGUGGAGGCCGUGUUGGGGGGCCAGGCCCAGUUUGAGUGUGAGACAUCAGAGGCCCACGUGAUCGUGCGCUGGUAUAAGGAUGGCACCGAACUGGGGCGCUCCCAGCGCCUCUCGCAAGAGGACAAGGGGACGAAACACUCCCUGGUGGUGGGCACCGUCACCAGGCAGGAUGAGGGCACAUAUGCCUGCAGAGUUGGGGAGGACACUCUGGAAUUCAAGCUCAAGGUCUCUGAUAAAGCAGUGAAAUUUAUCAACAAGCCGCCAUCCCCCCCUGAGGUGACGGUCAGCCCUGGGGGGCAGCUGGAGCUGGCCUGCGAGGUGUCUGAGGCUGGUGGGACUGUGGUGUGGAAGAGGGAGCAGAAGGAGGUGAAGAAGGACCAGAGGACAGAGAUCCACAGCCAGGGCACUCGGCGGACCCUCAUCCUUCGCCGGAUCACCCACAGCGACCAGGGCACCUACAGCUGCCAUGCGGGGGAUGACCAUGUCACUUUCCAUGUCCGGGUCCAAGAACCCUCCCCAAUAUUUGCCAAAGAGCAACAAAGCCAGAAUAAGGUACAGGUGACGUCUGGGGAAAAUGCUACCCUGAGCUGUGAGGUGGCUCAGUCCAAGACAGAUGUUACAUGGUACAAGGAUGGGAAGAAACUCAGCUCCAGCCAGAGGGUUCGACUGGAGGCCUCCGGUAAGAGCCGGCAGCUGGUGGUGCAGCAGGCGGGCCAGGCAGAUGCUGGAGAGUACAGCUGUGAGGCCGGGGGCCAGAGGGUCACCUUCCACCUCAACAUCCAAGAGUCUGUGGCUGUGUUUGCCAAGGAGCAGCAGACUCAGAGCAAGGUGGAGGCCGUGGCGGGGGGCAGCGCCACCCUGAGCUGUGAGCUGGCCCAGGCCCACACCGAGGUGACCUGGUACAAGGAUGGGAAGAAACUGAGCCCCAGCCAGAAGGUGCACGUGGAGGCCAAGGGCAAGAGCCGGCAGCUGGUGGUGCAGCAGGCAGGGAAGGAGGAUGCUGGGGAGUACAGCUGUGAGGCCGGGGGCCAGAGGGUCACCUUCUGCCUGGAUGUCAAAGAGUCUGUGGCAGUGUUUGCCAAAGAGCAACAGGUACAGAGCAAGGUGGAGGCCGUGGCGGGGGGCAGCGCCACCCUGAGCUGUGAGCUGGCCCAGGCCCACACAGAGGUGACCUGGUACAAGGAUGGGAAGAAACUGAGCCGCAGCCAGAAGGUGCACGUGGAGGCCAAGGGCAAGAGCCGGCAGCUGGUGGUGCAGCAGGCAGGGAAGGAGGAUGCUGGGGAGUACAGCUGUGAGGCCGGGGGCCAGAGGGUCACCUUCCGCCUGGAUGUCAAAGAGCCAGCUGUGGUGUUUGCCAAGGAGCAGCAGACUCAGAGCAAGGUGGAGGCCGUGGCGGGGGGCAGCGCCACCCUGAGCUGUGAGCUGGCCCAGGCCCACACAGAGGUGACCUGGUACAAGGAUGGGAAGAAAUUGAGCCGCAGCCAGAAGGUGCACGUGGAGGCCAAGGGCAAGAGCCGGCAGCUGGUGGUGCAGCAGGCAGGGAAGGAGGAUGCUGGGGAGUACAGCUGUGAGGCCGGGGGCCAGAGGGUCACCUUCCGCCUGGAUGUCAAAGAAUCAAUGGAAGUAUUUGCCAAGGAGCAGCAGACACAGAGCAAGGUGGAGGCCGUGGCGGGGGGCAGCGCCACCCUGAGCUGUGAGCUGGCCCAGGCCCACACAGAGGUGACCUGGUACAAGGAUGGGAAGAAACUGAGCCGCAGCCAGAAGGUGCACGUGGAGGCCAAGGGCAAGAGCCGGCAGCUGGUGGUGCAGCAGGCAGGGAAGGAGGAUGCUGGGGAGUACAGCUGUGAGGCCGGGGGCCAGAGGGUCACCUUCCGCCUGGAUGUCAAAGAGCCUGCUGUGGUGUUUGCCAAGGAGCAGCAGACUCAGAGCAAGGUGGAGGCCGUGGCGGGGGGCAGCGCCACCCUGAGCUGUGAGCUGGCCCAGGCCCACACAGAGGUGACCUGGUACAAGGAUGGGAAGAAACUGAGCCACAGCCAGAAGGUGCACGUGGAGGCCAAGGGCAAGAGCCGGCAGCUGGUGGUGCAGCAGGCAGGGAAGGAGGAUGCUGGGGAGUACAGCUGUGAGGCUGGGGGCCAGAGGGUCACCUUCCGCCUGGACAUCAAAGAGACUGCAGUGGUAUUUGCUCAAGAGCAGCAGACUCAGAGCAAGGUGGAGGCCGUGGCAGGGGGCAGCGCCACCCUGAGCUGUGAGCUGGCCCAGGCCCACACAGAGGUGACCUGGUACAAGGAUGGGAAGAAACUGAGCCACAGCCAGAAGGUGCACGUGGAGGCCAAGGGCAAGAGCCGGCAGCUGGUGGUACAGCAGGCAGGGAAGGAGGAUGCUGGGGAGUACAGCUGUGAGGCCGAGGGCCAGAGGGUCACCUUCCGCCUGGAUGUCAAAGAGUCUCUAGUUGUGUUUGCCAAGGAGCAGCAGACUCAGAGCAAGGUGGAGGCCGUGGCAGGGGGCAGCGCCACCCUGAGCUGUGAGCUGGCCCAGGCCCACACAGAGGUGACCUGGUACAAGGAUGGGAAGAAACUGAGCCACAGCCAGAAGGUGCACGUGGAGGCCAAGGGCAAGAGCCGGCAGCUGGUGGUGCAGCAGGCAGGGAAGGAGGAUGCUGGGGAGUACAGCUGUGAGGCCGGGGGCCAGAGGGUCACCUUCUGCCUGGAUGUCAAAGAGUCUGCUGUGGUGUUUGCCAAGGAGCAGCAGACUCAGAGCAAGGUGGAGGCCGUGGCGGGGGGCAGCGCCACCCUGAGCUGUGAGCUGGCCCAGGCCCACACAGAGGUGACCUGGUACAAGGAUGGGAAGAAACUGAGCCGCAGCCAGAAGGUGCACGUGGAGGCCAAGGGCAAGAGCCGGCAGCUGGUGGUGCAGCAGGCAGGGAAGGAGGAUGCUGGGGAGUACAGCUGUGAGGCCGGGGGCCAGAGGGUCACCUUCCGCCUGGAUGUCAAAGAGCCUGCUGUGGUGUUUGCCAAGGAGCAGCAGACUCAGAGCAAGGUGGAGGCCGUGGCAGGGGGCAGCGCCACCCUGAGCUGUGAGCUGGCCCAGGCCCACACAGAGGUGACCUGGUACAAGGAUGGGAAGAAACUGAGCCGCAGCCAGAAGGUGCACGUGGAGGCCAAGGGCAAGAGCCGGCAGCUGGUGGUGCAGCAGGCAGGGAAGGAGGAUGCUGGGGAGUACAGCUGUGAGGCCGGGGGCCAGAGGGUCACCUUCCGCCUGGAUGUCAAAGAAUCAAUGGAAGUAUUUGCCAAGGAGCAGCAGACACAGAGCAAGGUGGAGGCCGUGGCGGGGGGCAGUGCCACCCUGAGCUGUGAGCUGGCCCAGGCCCACACAGAGGUGACCUGGUACAAGGAUGGGAAGAAACUGAGCCGCAGCCAGAAGGUGCACGUGGAGGCCAAGGGCAAGAGCCGGCAGCUGGUGGUGCAGCAGGCAGGGAAGGAGGAUGCUGGGGAGUACAGCUGUGAGGCCGGGGGCCAGAGGGUCACCUUCCGCCUGGAUGUCAAAGAGCCUGCUGUGGUGUUUGCCAAGGAGCAGCAGACUCAGAGCAAGGUGGAGGCCGUGGCGGGGGGCAGCGCCACCCUGAGCUGUGAGCUGGCCCAGGCCCACACAGAGGUGACCUGGUACAAGGAUGGGAAGAAACUGAGCCACAGCCAGAAGGUGCACGUGGAGGCCAAGGGCAAGAGCCGGCAGCUGGUGGUGCAGCAGGCAGGGAAGGAGGAUGCUGGGGAGUACAGCUGUGAGGCUGGGGGCCAGAGGGUCACCUUCCGCCUGGACGUCAAAGAUUCUGUGGUGGUAUUUGCUAAGGAACAGAAGAUUCAGAAUGAGUUACAGGCCGUGGCAGGGGGAAGCGCCACCCUGAGCUGUGAGCUGGCCCAGGCCCACACAGAGGUGACCUGGUACAAGGAUGGGAAGAAACUGAGCCACAGCCAGAAGGUGCACGUGGAGGCUAAGGGCAAGAGCCGGCAGCUGGUGGUGCAGCAGGCAGGGAAGGAGGAUGCUGGGGAGUACAGCUGUGAGGCCGGGGGCCAGAGGGUCACCUUCCGCCUGGACAUCCAAGAACCAGAAGCAAAAACACCUGAGAAACCUGCCAAGAGGGAGCCAUUGGUCGUGCAGGAGCACGAGGACAUCAUUCUGUCUGCCACAGUCCCAUCAGUCACGGCCACUGUGACAUGGCUUAAGGAUGGGCUGGAGAUCAGGCAUAGCAAACGCUAUGAGUUGUCAAGUGAGGGAACCACCCAUACUCUCACUGUACAUGAUGCCCAGACCCAAGACAGUGCCAUCUACACCUGCAGGGCCAACAAGGAGAAGCAAGACUUUACUGUCCAGGUAGAAGAGGUCCCUGUGAAGUUUGCCCGACCUCUGGAACCAGUGAGUGGAGAGGUUGGACAGACAGUGGUGCUGUCCUGCGAGCUGAGCCAGGCACUGGGUGAUGUGGCAUGGCGCCGUGGUGGGAUGGAGAUCCGUUCUAGCAAGAGAUUCCAGAUGGGCACAGAGGGGCCCCGGCGCACCCUCACCAUUGUGGGCCUGAGGGCUGAGGAUGAGGGCGAAUACUGCUGCGAGAGUCGCAAUGACAAGACCACUACCCAACUGACAGCCAUUGUCCCCCGAGUGGCCAAGUUCACAUCAGGCUUGAUCAGUGCAAUCUCUGAAGAGGGCUGUGAAGCCACGUUCCAGUGUGUGGUUGCCCCCAGUGAUGCCAUGGUGGUCUGGCGUCGGAAUGGUGUGAAGCUGGAGUCUGGCACCAAGUAUGUCAUCUCUCAGAGUGAUGCUAGCCAUAGCCUCGUCAUCACCGCCCUGACCCUCGAAGAUGCUGGCCAGAUCACGGCUGAAGCUGAAGGGGUCACCACAACAGCCAAUCUCAAAGUUCGAGAGGCUCCAGUGCUGUUCAAGAGAAAGCUGGAGCCAAUGACGGUGGAAGAGAAGGGCUCGGCGACGUUAGAAGUGGAGCUGACCAAGCCUUGUUCUUCCGUGAGGUGGACUCGGAAUAGUGCCACCUUGGUACCCAGUGAGAAUGUAGAGAUCCGGGCCGAAGGCACCCGCCACAGCCUACUCCUUAAGAAUGUGAGCUUCUCUGACCGGGGCUUUUUUGGCUGCGAGACACCUGAUGACAAGACUCAGGCUAAGCUCAAUGUGGAGAUGCGUCAGAUCCGGCUGGUACGGGGCCUGCAGGCCAUAGAGGUGCGAGAACAGGGAACAGUAUCCUUUGAGGUAGAGCUCUCCCAUGGUGAUGUGGAAGGCAGCUGGACCCGGGAUGGCCUGAAGCUGAAGUCUCAAGAUAACUGCUCUAUCACAGUCCAGGGUGUGAUUCACAAACUGACCCUAUGCUCCCUGGGCCUGGAGGAUGCUGGUCUCAUAGCCUUUAAGGCAGAGGGUGUCCACACAUCUGCAAGGCUCACUGUCACUGAACUUCCUAUAAAGUUCAGCCACCCCCUGCAGGACAUGGUGGUUACAGAGAAGGAGAAGGUCACUCUGGAGUGUGAAUUAUCCCGGGCCAACCAUGAUGUCAAAUGGUUGAAGGAUGGAGUGGUGCUUCGAGUGGGGAAAACACUGGGAAUUAUUUCUCUGGGGACCAAGAGGAGUCUUGUCAUCCACAAGUGUGAAUUUGGAGACCAAGGUACCUAUGUAUGUGAUGCUGGUGAUGCCAAGACUUCAGCCACACUGCAGGUGCAAGGCAGGAAUAUACAGAUUGUGAAGCCCCUGGAGGAUGUGGAGGUGAUGGAGAAGGAGAGUGCAACCUUCACCUGCCAGAUCUCCCAUGAUGAGGUGCAGACCCAGUGGUACAAGAACAACAGCAAGAUGCGGCCUGGGGACAACAUCAGGAUGCGCCAGGAAGGAACAACCUACUCCUUACUCUACCGGAAAGUCAUGGUGGAAGACGCAGCUGAGAUCAAAUUUGUGGCAGAGAAUGCAGAAUCUCGAGCCCAGCUCAGAGUGAAAGAGCUGCCCGUGGUUAUUGUGCGACCACUGAGGGACAAAAUUGCCAUGGAGAAACACCGGGGAGUGCUAGAAUGCCAGAUGUCAAGAGCCAGUGCCCAGGUGCGAUGGUUCAAGAAGGAUGUGGAGCUCCAUGCUGGGCCCAAGUAUGAGAUGGUCAGCGAUGGCAUCUACCGGAAGCUCAUCAUCAAUGAUGCUCAGCCAGAGGAUGAGGACACAUACACCUGUGAUGCUGGCGAUGCUAAGACCAGUGCUCAUUUCUAUGUGGAAGAACAAUCCAUUACCAUUGUAAGGAACCUGAAAGACAUGGAGGUGAUGGAACCAGCUCCCGCCUGGUUUGAGUGUGAGAUCUCCAUUCCCUCCGUCCGUCCCCCCAAGUGGCUACUGGGAAAGACGGUGCUGCAGGCUGGACGAGAUGUGACCAUUGAACAAGUAGAGACGGUCCACCGCCUGACCCUCCACCGGACCUGCUCCACCAUGACAGGCCCCGUGCAUUUCACCAUUGGCAAAUCCAAGUCCACAGCUCAGCUCAUUGUCUCAGACAUCCCUGUGCUGCUGAUCCGGAAAAUGGAGGACAAAACUGGCCGGGAGCAGCAGUCUGUGGUCCUGUCUUGUGAUUUCAAGCCCGCUCCUAAGGCAGUGCAAUGGUAUAAGGAUGACACCCCUCUUGAGCCCUCUGAGAAGUACAAGAUGAAGCUGGAGAAUCACAUGGCAGAGUUGCGGAUUCUGCGGCUCACGCCCAGUGAUGCUGGUGUCUACCGGUGCCAGGCUGGCAAUGCCAGCAGCAGUGCCACAGUCACUGUGGAAGCUCGUGAAGUAGCCGUGGUACAGCCCCUCCAGGACGUAGAGGCAACAGAGGAGGGCAGCGCCAGCUUCUCGUGCGAGCUGUCUCAUGAAGAUGAGGAGGUGGAGUGGCUCCUGAACGGGACUCUGCUCUACAAUGACAGCUUUCAUGAAAUCUGCCACACGGGAAGACGCCAUACGCUGGUGCUUAAGCGCGUGAGCCUGGCGGACGCGGGCACCGUGAGUCUCAAGUCAGCCAAGGUGUCGCAGUCAGCCCAGCUGACGGUGAAAGAGAAGCCUGUGGUGUUCCUCAAGCCCCUGGAUGACAUGGCAGGAGAAGAGAGGGGCACGCUGGCUCUGGAGUGUGAAGUCUCUCAUCCCAAGGCACAAGCCAUCUGGCGGAAGGAUGGGGUGGAGCUGGGCAUCAGCGACAAAUACGAUAUCCUGCACACUGACCGGACCCGGGGGCUGGUGAUACACGACCUCUCUCGGGACGAUGCUGGCCUCUAUACCUGUGACAUCGGCACUGACCUGACCCGCUCCCAGGUCAGCGUGCAUGAGCUGCACAUUGGCAUCACCAAACGCCUGAAGACCACAGAGGUGCAGGAGGGAGACAGCUGCACCUUGGAGUGCAUCCUGUCCCACCAGAGUGCUGGCGAUGUGGGCACUUGGACAGUCAAUGGGAAAGAGGUGGGUGGCUCUGGCCGCUUCCGGGCCUCGUGCCAAGGCCGCAAAUACACCCUCACCCUCCGAGAGGCAGCCAUGAUGGACGCUGGCGAGGUGGAGUUCACCGUCCGGGAUCUCACUUCUAAAGCAUCCCUGAUCAUCAAAGAGAAGCCAGCAGCCAUCACCAAGCCCCUAGAGGACCAGAAGGUGCCACCUGGGGAGGAUGUGAGCCUAAGCUGUGAACUCUCCAAAGCAGGAGCCACUGUGAGGUGGUUGAAGGAUGGCAAAGCAAUCAGAAAAGGGCCGAGAUAUGACCUACGCUAUGAGGGUUCUCAGGCCAUUCUUGUCAUCCGUGCAGCCUCCGUCAAGGACUCUGGCGAGUACACAUGUGAGACUGAGACCUCAAAGAGCAAAGCCAUCCUCAUAGUAGAAGAAAAGCCCAACCGCUUCACCAAGGAGCUGAUGGAUGUGAAGGGCGAGGAGAAGGGCACGGCAGUAUUCGAAUGUGAGACAGAGAAGCCGGCGGCCACCGUGAGCUGGCGAAAGGGGAUCACAGAGCUCCAGGCCACCAGGAAGCACGUGCCCAGCCAGGCAGGCACCGCCCUGAAACUCACCAUCUCCGCCUUGGACAAAGGCGACAGCGACACCUACACCUGCGACAUCGGCGUCGCCCAGUCCCAGGCCAAGCUCGUGGUGCAAGGCCAAAAAAUCCUCAUCACCGAGGACCUAGAAGAUGUGGAAGUUUCCGAGGGGUCCUCAGCCACCUUUCGAUGCCGGAUCUCCCCGGCGGACUACAGUCCCGUCCAGUGGUUUCUGGAUAAGACCCCCCUCCACACCAAUGAGCUCAAUGACAUUGACGUGCAGCCUGGAGGCUACCACCAGCUGACCGUGAGGCAACUUGCCCUCAAGGACUCGGGGACCAUCCACUUUGAGGCAGGGGAUCAGAGGACGUCCGCUGCCCUGAGAGUCACAGAGAAACCCUUCUUGUUUUCCCGGGAGCUUACUGAUGUUACAGUUACCACAGGGGAGCCGGUGACCCUCUGCUGUGAGACCACCAUAGAAGACCACCCAGUGCGCUGGACCAAGGAUGGGAAGGCCCUACGGCCUUCAGCCAAGUACCGGAUCAGCCGUGAGGGCCACGAAGCCAAGCUGGUUAUCCUCAGUGCUGGAGAACAAGAUGGCGGACGCUAUGAGUGUGAAUUUGGCAAGGCCCGGACUAGUGCCAUUGUCAGGAUCCAAGCUGCACCCAUCUUCUUCAAAGAGGGGCUGAAAGCCAUAGAAGUGUCCGAGGGAGGAGCCACCACCCUGCGCUGCAUGCUCUCAGCUGUGGCAGCCCCUGUGGAGUGGCGCAAGGGCAGCGAGGUGAUAAAAUCCAGCAACAAGUAUCACCUACGGCAGGAGGGAGCCUCUCUCGAACUCAUCGUCCGGGAUCUAAAACCAGAGGACAGCGGCGAGUAUUCCUGUGUCUUCAAGGAUCAGAAGACCACGGCCACCUUGACUGUCAAGGAGAUCCCUGUAAGGUUCGUAGUUGGACUCCAAAGUACAGAGUCCGUAGAAGGAACCUCAACCACACUGCAGUGUGAGCUGAGCAAGGCAGCUCCCGUGGAAUGGAAGAAAGGUGUAAAGAGGCUCCGAGCCAGUGACAGAUACAGGCUGAGGCAGGAUGGGGCUCUGUGUGAGCUGACAAUCCAUAGCCUUGAUAUGGAUGACACUGGAGACUACACCUGUGCAUGUGGAGAAGAGAAGACCACAGCCACCUUGACAGUGAAGGCCCUGCCCGCCAAAUUCUUGGAAGGACUGGAGAGCACCGAGGCCACAGAAGGGGCCGCAGCCACACUACGGUGUACACUGAGUAAGGCAGCUCCAGUGGAAUGGAGAAAGGGUCUGAAGAGACUCCGGGCCAGUGACAGAUACAGCCUGAGGCAGGACGGGGCUAUGUGUGAAUUGGUGAUCCAUAAACUAGACGUAGAUGAUUCAGGAGACUACACCUGUGUGAGUGGAGAAGCAAAGACCAUGGCAACCUUGACAGUGAAGGCUCUUCCAGCUCAGUUCAUAAAAGGCCUAAAGAUCAUGGAGGCCACAGAAGGGUCUAUGGUUGCCCUCUGCUGUGAGCUGAACAAGGUUGCCCCUGUGGAGUGGAGGAAGGGGCCAGAAAAGCUUCAAGCCAGUGACAGAUACAGCCUGAGGCAGGAUGGGGCUGUGUGUGAGCUGGUGAUCCAUAGGCUGGACAUGGAUGAUGCUGGAGACUACACUUGUGUGUGUGGAGAAGAGAAGACCAAGGCAACCUUGACUGUUAAGGCCCUUCCUGCCCAGUUCAUACAGGUUCUGGAGGCUGUGGAAGUUACAGAAGGGGCUGCAGCCACUCUAAGGUGUAAACUGAGCAAGGCAGCCUCUGUGGAGUGGAGGAAGGGGCUAAAGAAGCUUCAAGCUAGUGACAGAUACAGCCUGAAACAAGAUGAGACUGUUUGUGAGCUGGUGAUCCACAGCCUGGAUGUGGCUGAUACUGGAGAAUAUACUUGUGUAUGUGGAGAAGAGAAGACGAAGGCAACCUUGACUGUUAAGGCCCUGCCUGCCAAGUUCAUGAAAGUUCUCCAGAGCACUGAGGCCACAGAAGGGUCCAUAGCCACCCUGCACUGUGAGCUGAGCAAGGCAGUCCCUGUGGAGUGGAGGAAGGGGUCAAAGAAGCUUCAAGCCAGUGACAGAUACAGCCUGAGGCAAGAUGGGGCUGUGUGUGAACUGGUGAUCCAUAGGCUGGACAUGGAUGAUGCUGGAGACUAUACCUGUGUGUGUGGAGAAGAGAAGACCAAGGCAACCUUGACUGUCAAGGCCCUGCCUGCCAAGUUCAUGAAGGUUCUUCAGAGCACUGAGGCCACAGAAGGGUCCCUGGUCACCCUGCACUGUGAGCUGAGUAAAGCAGCCCCUGUAGAGUGGAGGAAGGAGUCAAAGAAGCUUCAAGCCAGUGAUAGAUGCAGCCUGAGGCAAGAUGGGGCUGUGUGUGAACUGGUGAUCCAUAGGCUGGACAUGGAUGAUGCUGGAGACUAUACCUGUGUGUGUGGAGAAGAGAAGACCAAGGCAACCUUGACUGUCAAGGCCCUGCCUGCCAAGUUUAUGAAAAUUCUCCAGAGCACUGAAGGCACAGAAGGGUCCAUGGUCACCCUACAUUGUGAGCUGAGCAAAGCAGCCCCUGUGGAGUGGAGGAAGGGGCUAGAGAAGCUUCAAGCUAGUGACAGAUACAGCCUGAGGCAGGAUGGGGCUGUGUGUGAGCUGGUGAUCCACAGACUGGACAUGGAUGAUGCUGGAGACUAUGUCUGUAUGUGUGGAGAAGAGAAGACCACAGCAUCUCUGACAGUCAAGGCCUUGCCUGCCCAGUUCACAAAAUGUUUGCGGAGCAUAGAGGCAAAGGAAGGGGCCAUGACAACACUACAUUGUGAGCUGAGCAAGGCGUCCCCUGUGGAGUGGAGCAAGGGGCCAGAGAAGCUUCAAGGCAGUGACAGAUACAGCCUGAGGCAGGAUGGGGCUGUGUGUGAGCUGGUGAUCCUGAACCUUCAUCUCGAUGAUGCAGGGGACUAUACUUGUAUGUGUGGAGAGGAAAAGACCACAGCAAGCCUAAUUGUGAAGGCCCUGCCUGCCAAGUUCAUAAAAGUUCUCCAGAGCACUGAGGCCACGGAAGGGUCCCUGGUCACCCUGCACUGUGAGCUGAGCAAAGCAGCCCCUGUGGAGUGGAAGAAGGGGCCACAGAAGCUUCAAGCCAGUGACAGAUACAGCCUAAGGCAGGAUGGGGCUGUAUGUGAGCUGGUGAUCCACAGACUGGACAUGGAUGAUGCUGGAGACUACAGCUGUGUGUGUGGAGAAGAGAAGACCAAGGCAACCUUGACCGUCAAGGCCCUGCCUGCCAAGUUCAUAAAAGUUCUCCAGAACAUUGAAGCCACAGAAGGGUCCAUGGUCACCCUGCACUGUGAGCUGAGCAGGUCAGCCCCUGUGGAGUGGAGGAAAGGUCCAGAGAUGCUUCAAGCCAGUGAUCAAUACAGCCUGAGGCAGGAUGGGGCUGUGUGUGAGCUGGUAAUGCACAAGUUGGACAUGGAUGAUGCUGGAGACUACACCUGUGUGUGUGGAGAAGAGAAGACCAAGGCAACCUUGACUAUCAAGGCCCUGCCUGCCAAGUUCAUAAAAGUUCUCCAGAACGCUGAAGCCACAGAAGAGUCCAUGAUCACUCUAUAUUGUGAGCUAAGCAAGGUUGCCGCUGUGGAGUGGAGGAAGGGGCCAGAAAAGCUUCAGUCCAGUGACAGAUACAGCCUGAGGCAGGAUGGGGCUGUGUGUGGACUGGUGAUCCACAGACUGGAUAUGGAUGAUGCUGGAGACUAUGUCUGUAUGUGUGGAGAAGAGAAGACCAAGGCAACUUUGACUGUCAAGGCCCUGCCUGCCAAGUUUGUGAAAGUUCUCCAGAGCACUGAAGGCACAGAAGGGUCCAUGGUCACCCUACAUUGUGAGCUGAGCAAAGCAGCUUCUGUGGAGUGGAAGAAGGGGCUAGAGAAGCUUCAAGCUAGUGACAGAUGCAGCCUGAGGCAGGAUGGGGCUGUGUGUGAGCUGGUGAUCCACAGGUUGGACAUGGAUGAUGCUGGAGACUACAGCUGUGUGUGUGGGGAUGAGAAGACCAAGGCAACCUUGACUGUCAAGGCCCUGCCUGCCAAGUUCACGAAAGUUCUCAAGAGCACUGAGGCCCCAGAAGGGUCCCUGGUCACCCUGCACUGUGAGCUGAGCAAAGCAGCCCCUGUGGAGUGGAGGAAGGGACCAGAGAAGCUUCAGGGCAGUGACAGAUUCAGCCUGAGGCAGGAUGGGACCGUGUGUGAGUUGGUGAUCCACAGGCUGGACAUGGAUGAUGCUGGAGACUACAUCUGUGUGUGUGGAGAAGAGAAGGCCAAGGCAACCUUGACUGUCAAGGCCCUUCCUCCCCAGUUCCUACAGGUUCUGAGGGCUUUGGAAGUCACAGAAGGGGAUAAAGUCACUCUAAGAUGUGAACUAAACAAGGCAGCCCCUGUGGAGUGGAGGAAGGGGCUAAAGAAACUUCAAACCGGUGACAGACACAACCUGAGGCAGGAUGGAGCUGUGUGUGAGCUGGUGAUCCACAGGGUGGACACGGAUGAUGCUGGAGACUACAGCUGUGUGUGUGGGGAAGAGAAGACCCAGAUGGCCUUGUCUGUGAAGGCCCUCCCCAGCAAGUUCACGGAAGAACUGCAGGCCACAGAGGCCACAGAAGGGACCACCACCACACUGCGCUGCCAACUGAACAAGACAGCCCCUGUGGAGUGGAGGAAGGAGUCCCAGAGGCUUCAAGCCAGUGACAGAUACAGCCUGAGGCAGGAUGGGGCUGUGUGUGAGCUGGUGAUCCACAGGCUGGACAUGGAUGAUGCCGGAGACUACAGCUGUGUGUGUGGAGAGGAAAGGACCUCUGCACCUCUGACAGUGAAGGCCCAGACGGUGGUGUUCCGGAAGCCCUUGAAGAGCCAGCAGGCUGAGGAGGGUGAGACGGCGACCCUGCGGUGCGAACUCUCUAAGCCUGAUGUGCCAGUGAUCUGGAGCAAAGGUGGCCUGGAGGUUCAGGCUAGCGAGAGGGUCCAGGUCCGCCAAAGGGGUUGUAUCUCCGAGCUGCUGAUCCACCGCCUGCAGCUGGAGGACACGGGGGACUACAGCUGUGACUGUGGGGACCAGACCACCAGCGCCACCCUGACCGUCACAGCCCUGCCCGUGGUGUUCCGUAAGAAGCUGAGGGCCCAGGAUGUGGAAGUGGGCUCCACCGCGCGGCUACACUGUGAGCUUAGCAAGGAGAACGCAAACGUGGAGUGGAAGAAGGGAGCGGUCCAGCUGUUCCCCUGUGCCAAAUAUGAGAUGGUGCUCGAGGGGACUGUCGCGGAGCUCCUCAUCCAUGAUGCUGAGCAGGAGGACACGGGGGACUACACAUGUGAUACAGGGGACCAGCAGACCACUGCCUCCCUUACAGUGAAUGCCUCCAAGCCCAAAUUCAAGACCCGUCUGCAUAGUGAAGAACUGGAGGAAGGCACUACGGCCCGACUGCACUGUGAACUGAGCGUGGCCCAGUCCAGUGUGGAGUGGAGGAAGGAGGGCGAAUUGCUCCGGCCUGGCUCCAAGUAUGAGAUGAGGAAGGAGGGAAGUGUCUGUGAGCUUCUGAUACAUGGCCUGGAGGCCAAGGACACUGGCGAGUACGCCUGUGUGGUUGGGGAUCAGAAGACUCUGGCUACAGUCAAGGUGAAAGAACCUGAAGUGACCAUUGUCAAAGGACUGACAAACAUGGAGGUAUUUGCUGAUGAGGAUGUGGAAUUCUGCUGUGAGGUGUCCAGAGAGCAGGCAGGGAAUGUGGAAUGGAAGCUUCAAGGCUUGGCCUUGCAGAACAAUGAGAUGAAUGAGAUCUCCAUUGUGGGAGGCCGGACACACACCUUAAGACUGAGGAAUGUCACACCAGAGGACACGGGCACCAUCUCCUUUUCUGUGGGCCGCCACACAUCAACUGCGGAGCUCAUUGUCAAAGUCCCAAUGCCUGUCUUCUCAGAGAAGCUGCAGAACAUGGAGGCCAAGGAAGCAUCCACCGUCACACUCCGUUGUGUGCUGGCUUCUGAAGGGGCCCAGGUGGAGUGGAGGAAGGGUGGGGAGAAGAUUACCCCCAGCGCCAAGUAUGAGCUCCAGCAACAGGGCACCAUCCAGACCCUGAGCAUCCACCACCUCACCGCUGAGGACGAGGGUGAAUACACAUGCGAGAGUGCCAAGGAAAAGACAACAGCAUCUUUGACCAUUCAGGCUGCCCCAGCCCUCUUCAAGCAGAAGCUCCAGCCCCAAGUGGCCCCAGAGGGAGCUGUGGCCAUUCUCCAGGCAGAGCUCACCAAGCCUGAUGCCCCAGUCUUCUGGACACGGGGGUCUGUCCGGCUUCAACCCAGCGCCAAGUAUGAGAUGAGGCAGAACGGGGCUGUGGUGGAGCUGGUCAUCCGAGACGUGCAACCCUCAGAUGCUGGCAGCUAUACCUGUGACUCCAAGGACCAGCAGACAACCACCACGCUGAGCAUCACAGCUCCUGAGGUCAGCAUCGUCGAGCCCCUUCAGGACGCCAAGCUGUGUGAGGGCGACGAUGCCAAGUUUGUGUGCCGGCUGUCAAGGGCCCCGGGGCAGGAGGUCCAGUGGCGCCUGGGUGGGGUGCCCCUCCAGUCCAAUGAGAUGAACGAGAUCACUGCGGAGCGUGGCACCGUCCACACACUCACCCUCCGGAAGGUGACCGUAGAGGACGCCGGCGUGGUCAGCUUUCACGUGGGAACCAGCAGCUCAGAGGCCCAGCUCUGCGUCACAGCGGCUCCUUCUGUACACUUCCAAGAAGAACUCCAAGAUGUGACUUCAACAGAGCAAGGCACAGCCGUCCUACGCUGUGAAAUUUCCACACCCGGCACCCCUGUGGAAUGGAGGAAAGGCGGGCAGGUUCUGAAGGCCGGGGCCAAGUACGAGAUCCGCCAGGUGGGCACCCGGGCAGAGCUCAUCAUCCACACCUUAGAGGCAGAAGACGUUGGAGCUUACACCUGCAUCGCUGGAAACAAACAGAGCACAGCCACCGUCUCCAUUCAAGCAGCAACACCUAUACACUUCCAAGAAGAACUCCAGGAUGUCACUUCAACAGAGAAAAGCACAGCUGUCCUGCAUUGUAAAAUUUCUGCGCCCGGCACCCCUGUGGAAUGGAGGAAAGGAGGGCAGGUUCUGAAGGCCAGUGACAAGUACGAGAUCCGCCAGGUGGGCACCCAGGCAGAGCUCGUCAUCCACACUUUGGAACCAGAGGAUGUUGGUGCCUAUACCUGCAUUGCUGGAGACAAGCAGAGCACAGCUACCGUCUCCAUACAAGAGGAGGAAUUUCAGCUAGUGCGCGGUUUACAGAAUGUCGACGUCUUUGUGGGCGAGGCAGCUGCCUUCUCCUGUGAGCUGUCUGCCAGGGGGAUCGGCGGGGCCCGCUGGUGGCUGGAUGGGACCCUGCUCCAGGACGGGCCCUUCAGUUCCAUCUCGGUGCACGACGGGACAGUCCACACCUUGACGCUCAGGGACCUGGGGCCCCAGGACUCAGGGACCAUCACCUUCCGUGCAGGGUCUCUCGUGUCCUCAGCUAAAUUAUUAAUCAAAGAUCCCACCGUCGAAGUGGUCAGUGCCAUGAAGGACCUGACCGUCGAGGAGAACAGCACGGCCGAAUUCAUAUGCCAGUAUUCCCGGCCUGUACAGGCCACGUGGAAGAUCAAUGAGCAGGAGGUCUGUGCGGAUGGGCAGCGCAUCAUUGUUGAGCAGGAUUGGAAUGUAGCCAAGCUAAUCCUUAAACCUGCCCUCCCCUGUGACAGCGGCAUCUAUUCUUGUGAAGUGGAGGGCACCCGCGUGGUGGCUCUGCUUGACGUGCAAGCCAAGAACACCAUUGUCCGGGGCCUAGAGAAUGUGGAGGCAGUGGAAGGAGGCGAGGCCCUAUUUGAGUGCCAUCUCUCCAAGCCAGAAGUUGCCAACCACAGUUGGCUGAUGGAUGAUGUACCAGUGAGAACCUCAGAAAAUAUUGAGAUGGUCUACUUUGAAAAUGGCCGGAGGCACCUGCUACUGCUGAAGAACCUGACUCCCCAGGACAGCUGCCGAGUGACCUUCCUAGCCAAUGAUAUGGUCACUUCUGCCUUUCUGACCGUCAAAGGCUGGCGUCUGGAGUUCCUGGAGUCUCUGCUUGAUACAGAGGUCAAGGCGGGUACCAAAGCCACCUUUGGCUGCGUGCUCAGUGAGACAGUCCCUGUCAACGAGGUGACCUGGUACAUCAAUGGUGCGGAAAUCCAUCCAGAUAAAGACUGGGCCAUUCAAGCUGACGGCAGCCAUCACAUCUUGCUCCUCAGGAAUGCCCAGCCCCACCACGCUGGGGAGGUGACUUUUGCAGCCAGAGAUGCUGUCGCCUCAGCCAAGCUGUCUGUGAUCAGUCUCCCUGACCCUCCCGAAGACGCUGAGGUAGUAAAACAGAGUGGCCGCUCAGUGACCUUGUCCUGGGCAGCACCAGGGAGCGAUGGUGGUGCAGGCCUACUUGGGUACAAGGUAGAAAUGAAGACAGCGACGGGCGAAUGGCAGCCAUGCUACAAAGACUUGGUCCCGGGGACUGAGUGUGUGGUGAGCGACCUGGUCCCGGGGCAACCCUACCGCUUCCGAAUCGCAGCUGUAGGCCAGGUGGGCGUAGGAGAGCCCGUGCACCUGCCUCAGACCGUGAAGCUUGAGCCUGUAGAGGCAGUCGCCUCAGCCUCAAUAAGCAAGAUGGUGGUGGUUGGAGAGGAAGCUCGCCUGGAGUGUGAGGUGGCAGGUGAGAUGCAGGAGGUGACCUGGAGGAAAGGAAAUGAGGUGGUCCAACCUGGAGGCCGCUUUGAGCUUAUCUCCAAAGGCAAGAAGCAAACACUAGUGAUCCAUGGGUUCCAACCUGAUGACCAAGGCUCCUACACCUGCAGCUCUACUAGCAGCAAAGCCCCAGCUGCCACCUCCUUUGAAGUGGCAGCAUCCCAGGCCCCAGAGGAAGAAGCCUUGUCCGAUGGCCUUGCCCAGCCCAGCUUGCCUCCUGAGGCAGCCCAGGAGGGUGACCUGCACCUCUUGUGGGAAGCUCUCGCCAAAAAGCGCCGCAUGAGCCGGGAGCCCACUCUGGACUCAAUCAGCGAGCUGCCUGAGGAGGAUGAGCGGCUGCAGAAGCUAAGGCGAGAAGUAGAGGAAGCCGUCCAGGACUUCUCUGAGGGCUACUCUACCCCCGAUGAGCUAGCCCGCACUGGUGAGGCCGACCUCUCGCACACCAGUUCUGACGACGAGUCCCGGGCUGGCACCCCCUCCCUUGUCAGCUACCUCAAGAAGGCAGGAAAGCCGGGGAGCAAGGCUAAGGCCCCGGGGACCUCCCCUGCAGGCAAGCCCAGGAAACCAUGGGAGCAGAGCGAGGCUGAGCCUGCAGCCACCCCUAAGCUUCCCGGCGACCUGACCGCUGAGCUUCUGGAGGACCCCUCCAUGGAUAAGGCUGCCAUCAAAAUCCAGGCAGCUUUCAAGGGCUACAAGGUGAGAAAGGAGAUGAAGCAAAAUGAAGGUCCCAGCUUCCGGGAUACUUUCGGGGACAUCGCGGUGGAAGCAGGAGGCUCCCUGCACCUGGAGUGUGUGGCCGUCAGCAAGACAGACAUGAGGACAUCGUGGCUCAAGGAUGGAGUGGAGCUGACAGAUGGACGGCACUACCACAUCGACAACUACGGGGAUGGCACUUGCUCGCUGCUGGUCACUGGUCUCGAGGCCAGUGACGCCGGCUGCUAUACCUGCCGGGUAACCAACAAGUUCGGCCGCAUCUCUCACAGCGCCCAAGUGACGGUAACUGGGACCGCCAUGACCAGCGGAGCCGAGAGCGAGGCGGAGAGCUCGUCGGGCAGUGAGGUGGAUGAUGCGUUCCGCCGGGCUGCCCGAAGACUGCACCGUCUCUUCCGGACCAAGGCCACUUCAGACGUGUCCGAUGAGGAAUUAUUCCUCAGUGCGGAGGAGGGCAGUGUGGAACUGGAGGAGCCCAGUGACUGGCAAACCUACCGUGAAGAUGACCGCUAUAUCUAUAUUCGGUUUGAGACCGCCAGUGAGGCCCGCCAGGCAACCACUCGCUUCCAAGAGAUGUUUGCCGCCCUGGGCAUUCUGGUGGAGAUCAACAUUCUGGAGCAAGGGCCCCGCAAGGUGGAGAUGCGCAUCAUGAAGGUGGCCCCAGCCCCAGCCGGUCAGCUUGCCUUCCCUGCAGCCCCCAAGGAGCACCCUUCCAUGCUGAUGACCUCUGACACAGCCCCCGUUUUCCUGACGGAGCUACAGAACCAAGAAGUACAGGACGGCUAUCCUGUGAGCUUUGACUGUGUGGUGGCUGGUCAACCAGUGCCCAGCGUGCGCUGGUUCAAAGACGGCAAGGUGCUAGAAGAGGAUGACCACUAUAUGAUCAAUGAGGACCAGCAAGGCGGCCACCAGCUGAUCAUCACGGCUGUGGUGCCUGCCGACAUGGGUGUCUACCGCUGCCUGGCUGAAAACAACAUGGGCGUCUCUUCUACCAAGGCUGAGCUCCGUGUAGACCUGACAAGUACGGACUACGAUACAGCAGCUGAUGCUACAGAGACUUCUUCCUAUUUCAGCGCUCAGGGCUACCUGUCCAGCCGAGAACAAGAAGGUGCAGAGUCAACUGCAGAGGAUGGUCAGCUGCCCCAAAUUCUAGAGGAGCUCCAGGACAUCCAGGUGGCCCCGGGUGCCCGGCUGGCUAAAUUCCACCUCAAGGUCAAAGGGUACCCAAUGCCCCGCCUCUACUGGUUCAAGGAUGGGCAACCCUUAUCUCCCUCCUCUCGGAUCCUCAAAACUGAUAAGAAGACAGUUCACACUCUAGAAAUCCACAAUAUCACAAAGGAAGAUGCUGGAGAGUAUUCUGCCUAUAUCAGGAAUGCUGCGGGCUCUGCCUACUCCUCUGCCCGGCUGCUGGUCCAGAGUCCCAAUGAACCAGAGAAGAAGAUAGAUUCAGAUUUUCAUGAACAACUUGUGCCUCCAAGGUUCCUGGAAAGAUUUACCAAUAAGAAAGUGAAGAAGGGCUCUAGCAUCACCCUCUCAGUGAAAGUUGAAGGGCAGCCUCCUCCAACAGUGAACUGGCUAAAGGAAGAAGCCAAUGAAAAUGUCCUCUGGAUCCAAGCUGACACUCCAGGCUACAAGGUGGCCAGCUCCAACCUUCAGCACAGCCUCAUCCUCCUGGACAUAGGGAAACAGCAUGAGGGUUCCUACACGUGCAUUGCCACGAAUGGGGCCGGGCAGUCCAUCUGCUCUGCCACCCUGAAAGUCACAGACGCUCCAGAGACAGAUGGGGCAGCCAGAGAGCAGAAGAAAGUCAAAGAAGCCCUGAUUUCAAACCUGUUGCAGGGAGCUGGAGCCGGCUCAGCCCAGACAUCAGAAACCACGGGCUUUAACGAGGUUGACCAGGAUAAGAAAGAAGAGCCGUCAGAAGUUCAUGAGGGCCGAGGCCACAUUUCCCUUGCUGAUGUUGGAACUGAAGAAUUCCUCCAGAAGUUGACAUCCCAGAUCACUGAGAUGGUGUCUGCCAAGAUCACUCAAGCCACUCUCCGGGUCCCUGGAGGGGAGAGUGAUGAUGAAUCCAAGACCCCUUCCCCAUCUCCCCGGCAUGGCCGGUCCCGGCCUUCCUCAAGUGUCCAAGAAUCCUCCUCUGAGUCUGAAGAUGGAGAUGCCAGAGGGGAGAUCUUUGACAUCUAUAUGGUCACAGCCAACUACCUGCCUUUAGGAGCAGAUCCAGAGGCCAUCACAUUAAGGGAAGGCCAGUAUGUGGAGGUCCUAGACUCAGCUCAUCCACUCAAAUGGCUUGUUCGAACUAAACCCACCAAGUCCAGUCCCUCCCGCCAAGGCUGGGUGUCACCUGCUUACCUGGACAAGAGGCUAAAGCUUUCACCAGAGUGGGCAGCCACUGAAGUGCCCGAGUUCCCUGGAGAACCAGUUUCAGAGGAUGAAUAUAAGAAGAGACUAAAUGUUGUCAUCCAGGAUCUGCUGAGCUCCGAGAAGGACUUUGUCAGUGCCCUGAGCUUCGUGCAAACCCACCAUCUGCAGCAUCUGGAGUCCUGCCCCAGCGUACCUGCCUCCGUGUCCAGCCAGAAACCCAUUAUCUUCCGGAACAUAAGCGAUAUUGGCCUCUUCCAUGCUGAGCGCUUUCUCCAAGAGUUACAGAAGUGCGACACAGACGACGAUGUGGCCAUGUGCUUCAUCAAGAACGAGGGAGACUUUGAAAAGUACAUCCAGUACCUGGUGGGUCGCGUGCAGGCCGAGUCUGUGGUGGUCAGCAAGGCCGUCCAGGAGUUCUACAAGAAAUACUCCGAGGAGAAGCUUUCAGGAGCCGAUCCCUCCCAGCCUCCCUUGCCUCCCUUGCAGCACUACCUGGAGAAACCCAUCCACCGGAUCCAGCAGUACCAGACUGUUAUCAAGGAGCUGAUCCGGAACAAGGCGCGGAACGGUCAGAACUGUGCCCUGCUCGAGCAAGCCUAUGCAGUUGUGUCGGCCCUCUCCCAGCGGGCCGAGAACAAGCUCCACGUGUCCCUCAUGGAGAACUACCCUGGGACUCUGGAGGCCCUGGGGGAGCCCAUUCGCCAGGGUCACUUCAUUGUAUGGGAGGGAGCCCCAGGGGCCAGGAUGGCCUGGAAGGGCCACAACCGCCAUGUCUUCCUCUUCCGGAACCAUCUGGUAAUCUGUAAGCCAAAACGUGACUCCAGGACAGACACCUACAGCUAUGUCUUCAGAAACAUGAUGAAGCUGAGCAACAUUGACGUGAAUGACCAGGUGGAGGGGGAUGACCGGGCCUUCGAGGUUUGGCAUGAGCGGGAAGACUCAGUUCGCAAGUACCUGCUGCAGGCACGUACCGUCAUCAUCAAGAAUUCCUGGGUAAAGGAGAUCUGUGGCAUCCAGCAGCGGCUCUCCUUACCUGUCUGGAACCCUCCAGACUUUGAGGAAGAGCUAGCAGACUGCACAGCCAAGCUGGGUGAGACUGUCAAACUGGCCUGCCGGGUGACUGGGACCCCAAAGCCCAUUGUCAGCUGGUACAAAGAUGGGAAACCAGUGGAUGUAGACCGUCACCACAUCUUCAUAGAGGACCCCGAUGGUUCCUACGCCCUCAUCCUGGACAACCUAAUGAGUGUGGACUCAGGACAAUACAUGUGCUUUGCUGCCAGUGCCGCCGGCAAUGCCAGUACCCUGGGAAAGAUCCUUGUGCUAGUCCCUCCACGAUUUGUGAACAAAGUCCGGAAUGCCCACUUUGUGGAAGGUGAAGACAUACAGUUUACAUGCACCAUCGAGGGAGCUCCUUAUCCCCAGAUCAGGUGGUACAAGGAUGGCUCUCUGUUGUCCGAAAGCAGCAAAUACCAGAUGUUCAAUGAACCCCGGAGUGGGGUGCUGGUACUAGUGAUCAAGAAGGCCUGCCGGGAGGACAUGGGAUAUUAUGAGUGUGAGCUGUCCAACAAGCUAGGAUCGGCCCGCAGCGGAGCGGAGCUGUCAGUGCAGAGUACAGCCUUACUGGCCCAGGAGAAGAGAGGAGAGCAGGCUAUCACCAUCGAAGGAAAGGCUCCAUCACAGGCCCAGUUGGAAGAGUCUGUCCGGGCCUCCCUGGAGCGUGCUGACCAAGAGAUCCAGACUGCCUUGAGGAGGCUGGUGGAUGCAGCAUCAUUGGGCCCAAGCCCUGAGGUCCUUCCACCUGGAGUCUCUGUUCCUUUGGACACAGAAGGCAGGCCUGUGACUGCCCAGAAAACAGGCACACAAACCCACAGUGCAAGAGGCCAGGAUGGGACACAAGAUAGCUCUGGGAAGAUCCCUGAUGGAGAGCAGAGGGGCUCCCCGCCUGCCAGGAGCACCAGCAAGAACGAGGAGGCGGCAGCCAGGGGCCCCCAGGAGUGGACCAUCCCUAUUCGGAUGGAGGGUACCUCUUGGCCAGGGAAGGAGGGGGCCGAGGAAGCCUGGGACGUCCACAGGCACAUCUAUGUGGAGACCACACAGAGGACCUGCAUCUAUCAGGCUGGAGAUGGGAGCGUCACAAAACCCCCAUCCAUGCAGGUGACUAUUGAAGAUAUACAGGCCCAAGCUGGGGAAACAGCAAAGUUCCAGGCGAUCAUUGAAGGGCACCCUCUGCCCAUAGUGACCUGGUACCAGGGCAACACCUUAUUGACCAACAGCCCCCGAGUCUUCCAAAAACAACAAGGCACUAACUAUUCCCUGGUCUUGAAGGACAUAACCCAACAGGAUGCCGGCAUCUACACCUGCGUGGCCCAGAACCCCAGUGGAGAGGUCUUAUGCAAAGCAGAACUGCUGGUCCAGGGAGGCGAGGCGGAGAUGGGAGCAGAGAAGCAGAGUUACCGCAGAAAACUCCACUCCUUCUAUGAAGUCAAGGAGGAAAUUGGAAGGGGCGCUUUUGGCUUUGUGAAGAGGGUGGAGCACAAAGGCAACAAGGUGUCGUGUGCUGCAAAGUUCAUCCCACUCCGGAGCAAGACCCGGGCCCAGGCGUACCGGGAACGAGACCUCCUGGCCACGUUGAACCACAGGCUGGUCACCCAGCUCCUGGAUGAGUUCGAGACCAGGAAAACGCUGAUUCUGAUCCUGGAGCUGUGUUCCUCUGAAGAGCUGCUGGACCGCUUAUACAAGAAGAAUGUGGUGACUGAAACUGAGGUGAAGGUAUAUAUAAAGCAGGUUUUAGAAGGCCUCAAGUACCUCCAUGACAAUGACAUCCUGCAUUUGGAUAUUAAGCCUCCUAACAUCCUAAUGGUUCACCCAACUAAGGAAGAUAUUAAAAUCUGCGAUUUUGGCUUCGCCCAAAAAAUCAUCCCUUCAGAGCCCCAAUACAGCAAAUUUGGUGCCCCAGAGUUUGUCUCUCCAGAAAUUAUUACCCAGACCCCUGUGACGACCACAUCAGAUAUCUGGGCUGUUGGUGUCAUCACCUACUUAAGUCUGACCUGCACAUCCCCGUUUGCUGGUGAGAAUGACCGAGCGACUCUUCUCAACGUCCGGGAGGGGAAGAUCUCCUGGACCACCCCCCAGGCUGUCCACCUGAGUGAGGAAGCGAAGGACUUCAUAAAGGGGAUUCUUCAGCUGGCACCAGAGGCCAGACCCAGUGCUUCCAAAUGUCUCAGCCACCCAUGGUUUAUGAAGCCCUCAGUGCCUCCAGAGGAGGCUCAUUUCAUCAACACCAAGCAGCUCAAGUUCAUCGUGGCCCGGAGCCGGUGGCAGAGGUCUUUGAUGUGCUACAAAUCCAUCCUAGUGAUGCAGUCCAUCCCAGAGCUCCUGCAGGGCCCUUCAGACAGCCCAUCCCUUGGCAUCUCCCGGCACCUCAUCAAAGAGGCCAGCUAUUCCACCAGCAGCUCCUCCUCAGACAACGAGAUUGCAGCCUACUCUCGGGCCAAGUCCCUGCCGCCUUCCCCGGGAUCAUACUCCCCUGUCUUCCAGCCCAGGUCUCUCUUCCAAAGCUCUGCAAGCCUCCCCGAGGAGGGCGAACUCCCUGCAGGUGCCACAGGGACCCCAGGAGGCAUGGACCACAGAUGGGAGCAGAGUGGCAAGCUAUCUCCUAGGGCCCCCCAGAGGUUCUGGGAGCAGCCUCUGUUGCCAAAGACGGCCUCUGCUGACAGCAGGACCCUCACAGAAGGGGAAACUGAGACUGGAGGGGUAGCUUCAUUUCAGGAAGGAGACAAGACAGCAGCCCAGGGCACCACAUGCGUACCCCGGCAAAGCAUUAUCAAAAGUACAUUCUCUUGGCAGGCCCGUGAGGCCCAAGAACGAGAAGGUACAUCUCCUGUUCACGACCAUAGGAAGCACUUGGAGAGGGCCCGGAGGAACCUUCUGAAGGGCUGGUACUCCAAAGGAGCCCUGCGGGGCCUGCGAGAGCCACUCCUGGAACAUUAUGAAAUGGAGGAAGAGGAAGCCAAGGAGGGCCAGAUCGGCCCACUGACCAAGUCACCAUCUUUUGAGACAGCCCUCCGGCUGCCUGGAUCUACCUCCCGCAUCUCCAACCGAAGCCACUCAUUUGAUGACUACAGGCCAAGAACCACCAGCCCCUUCCCAGAGCUAAGUGAGGAAAAAGAACAGAACAAGGAUCAGGCUACUGGUGAUACUGUAGGAGAGUCCCCAAAGAUGAGCCAGUCAGAAAGCCCUGGUGGGACUACCAUUCACCUGGCACCAGCCAAAGAGCAGGGAAUCACGGCUGGAGCAAUCUCCCCAUCCCAGGUUGCUUCGCUGCCUACCUCUUCAAGCCAGAAAGAGGAAGGGUCAGUCCUAAAGGCUAGACCUCCUCUGCCCAAAAGCUCAGGUCCAAGGGCAGCAGAUACCUGCCAGGAAGGUCAUUGCCCCACCUCACCCGUCCUACAUUCCCAGAUGGCUUCGAGCUCACCUUGGGAAGAUGGAUUAAAGGAUGGUUCCCUAAAGAGCUCAAACCCUUUUCUAUUCAGUGAUUCCACAACCACGCUCCAUGGUGGUGGCCAUCCAUUGGCACCCAUCCCCGAUGCGAAAGUAGCCCCAGGAUUAGCCACUGAGGGCAAACAGGCAGAUGGCUCUCUGAAGCACUCAAACCCGUUCUUCUCCGGCAGUCUCCUGACCACAGGCUCUGGACCCUCAGCUUACACCAGUGAUGAAGGUGGGCACAAGGAUGGAUCUCUAAAACAAUCCAACCCAUUCCUAUAUAGUGACAUGGGGUCUGCCCUGCAGGGGGGCAGUCAGCUCACUGGAAUCCCUGCAGACACACUGAAGAGAUCCAAUCCUUUCCUUUACCAUGACCCAGGGUCUGCUCUUUUGGAGGGAAGUUCUACUUGGGAUGCUACCAUCCUACAAAAGCAAGGCAUCCCCAGUUCAACCUUACCUGGUACCCACAUGGAAGGGCUUCUGAAGACCUACAGCACUCUCCUCCCAGGGCAGUCUCAGCCAACAGACUCCUCCAAGCCGUCGGCCUUUGAAACCCAAACCAGACUAUUCACGAGUUCAGUGAGUGAACUCCACAGCUUUUCAGAACCUGUUUUUCUGGGGAAUAUUUCCCCAUCAGAGGCUACCUCAAAUCUGACUUCCAAGAGUGAAUAUUUCUAUAGUGCCACAGAGUCGGCAUCCCUAGAGGAUGUUGUGGAAAAGAUGGUAGGUUUGUCCAAGGAGAUGACAAUCCUCGCCGACUCAGUGUCCAACCAGCAUGGCCCAAAAGCACAGACUGUACCCAGGAAGUUUUCCUAUGGAGAGCGUGGGGGCUAUGUAGGAAUUGGGGGCUAUGGCAGUUUUGCCUUUGGGGGAGAGGGAAAUGUUCUGGGCCAGAGGCCCCUGUGGGCUGCCAGAACCUGGACUGAGUCAAUAUCAUCUGAAGAGCCAGAGGAGAUGGUGCAAGAGAGCACUCAAGCCCAGACAAAAUCUUCAUCCCUCACUGAGAUUGUUGAAACUGGAAAGGAUGCUGGGAAAGAGAUUGGGAAGGAUGCUAGGAAGGAGACAGGGAAAGAGAAAAGGGAAGAGACUGGGAAAGGCUCAGGGGAAUUCCUCUCAUGGGAGGAAUUUGGCAAAAGCUCUCAAGUCUCCUUGGUGCAAAUCAAAGACCUUUCUGGAGACUCAUCUAUUGGAGACACAGUGUCUCUAGACAUCUCUGAGGUGGAACCAGCCUACUUAAACUUGUCUGAUUUGUAUGAUAUCAAAUACCUCCCCUUUGAGUUCAUGAUUUUCAGGAAGGUGCCCAAACCAGUUGAGGAAGAAGUCCCAGCCCAAAUGGGAGUAGAAAGCAUAGAAAAAACAGAUUUGGAAGAAACUUGGUAUAAGCAAGAAGAAUUUGGACUCUUGCCCAUCAGAGCCACUGGGCAACAGAGAAGUCUAGAGAUAAUGGAAGACUUUGACCCAAUGGAACUCAUGGGUAAGGACACCAAGGGCCAUAUGUACACCAGUGGGAAGAAGAGGAAAUCUUCCCCAACCAAACCUGGCUUCUUCAAUUUCUCUGGGAAAUACCAGCCUCUGGAGAGCCCAGUUGAACAUAGCCUGAAGAAGAAAGUGAAGGCCUCAGUGGCCCAUAUUUCAAGAAUCCUGAAGGGCAAACCAGCAUUUGAGCAAGAAAGACGAGAAGUUCUGGAGGAAGAAGAGGCUUUUAAGAAGAAAUCAGGAUUAUCAUCAUUCAGACUCUCCGGAAUAAAAACCAAAGAUAGAGCACCUCUGUUUGUAAAGGAGCUCACAGAUGAGGCUGUCAUCCUGGGCCAGUCUGUUACACUCUCCUGCCAAGUUUCUGCUCACCCAGCUCCACAGACUGAGUGGUUUAAAGAUGGGAUUCCCAUUCAGACCAGUGGCAGGCUACUCAUCUCCUCUACGCUCAAAAAUUUCCAGCUUCUGACCAUACUGGUAGUCACCGAGGAAGACCUGGGUGUUUACAAUUGUACUGUGAGCAAUUCCUUAGGGAUGGCAUCUACAACUGGCAUCAUUAGGAAAGCAGAAAUUCCCUCCUCUCCACCACGCCCGGAUAUUGGAGAAAUAUACGAAAAUGGGGUGCUCCUGGUCUGGAAGCCUGUGGAAUCCCACAGUCCAGUGACUUACAUUGUACAGUGCAAGAUGGAAGGUGGAGACUGGAUCACACUGGCAUCUGACAUCUUCGACUGCUGCUACUAUGCCAACAAUCUCUCUCAUGGUGGGAUGUACUCCUUCCGGACAGCCUGUGUCAGCAAAGCAGGCAUGGGACCGUACAGCAGUUCCUCAGAACAUAUCCACAUCGGCGAUCACAACCAGAUGGGACCAGCCAUCAUCCCAGAUGUGUUCCCAGGGGCCUCCAAGGAGAAAAAUGGGAAAGUGAUUCAAACUCAGGCUCUCUCAAGCCAACAGACUUAUGCCUUUCAAAUGGAAAUACGGAGGGGUCGCUUCAGUGUUGUACGGCAAUGCAGAGAAAAGUCCAGUGGGCGGAUUAUGGCAGCAAAAAUCAUUCCCUACCACCCUGAAGACAAACUAGCCACACUUAGAGAAUAUGAGGUCCUGAAGGCCAUCCACCACCCCAAUAUCGCACAGCUCCUUGGGGCCUAUAUCAGCCCCCGACAUCUGGUACUCAUCUUGGAGUUCUGCCCUGGGCCAGAGUUACUUCACUGCUUGGCUGAAAGGACAUCCUAUUCUGAGAUGGAAGUGAAGGACUAUUUGUGGCAGAUCCUCAGUGCCACGGAGUUCCUGCACGCCCACCGUAUCCUGCAUUUAGAUCUAAGGUCAGAAAACAUCGUGGUUACUGAGUACAACUUACUCAAGAUCCUCGACUUUGGAAAUGCCCAGUUCUACACACAAGACAAGGUCCUUCCCACGGAGAAGUUCAAAGACUACAUUGAAACCAUGGCUCCCGAGCUCUUGGAGGGCCACGGAGCCAUCCCACAGACAGACGUGUGGGCCAUCGGUGUCACUGCCUUCAUCAUGCUGAGUGCGGAGUAUCCUGUUAGCAAUGAGGUGACCUGCGACCUGCAGAAGGGCCUGAGGAAAGGGAAGAUCAAGCUGAACCGGUGCUACGCGGGCCUGUCGGGGGGAGCCGUAGCCUUCCUGCAGAGCACCCUGUGUGCCAACCCAUGGGGAAGACCCUGUGUAUCCAGCUGUCUUCAGUGUCCCUGGCUGACCAAAGAGGGCUUAGAACAUACCCAGCAAAUGUCAGUGACUUUUUCUACCAACCGGCUAAAGACUUUCGUGAAGGAGCGGGAAAAGAAGCGAGCCCUGCUUUACAAGAAACACAACCUUGCCAUCCUCCACUAAGUGGCCCAGAGAUCACUCUGGCAUAUUUGACCCUGUUCAUUGCAGUGAUGAUUCCUGCCUGACUUGUUGCAAAUGUGGAGACUUGGAGUUUGGUAGAGCAGCGGAUGUUUUGAGUGCUUUGUUUAAUUUGGAGAUUUCUGUUAAAAAUUUGCUAGUCUCUAUAGCUCUGAAUCUACACAGAACUUUGUCCCAUUCCUGCUCCUGAGUGGCCAGUACAUCAAAGGCUGAGUUCUGGGUUCGUUCCUCUGUCUGACUUUUCCCAAAAUUGGUCUGUCCAACCUUCAGUGACUUCUGUCCUAAAGAGACAAGUCAGCAAUGACUUCAGGACACAGAUUUUUUGUCAAGUGUCCCCUGAAGAAGUUGGAUUAGAAAAAGUGAGUUGUGAUGAAAUUGGUCAAAAAUGCUACUCAUUUCAGAAGAAACUGGCUGUGGCAAUGGAGAUUGUUUUGUAUCUUCUAGAUCAUUGCCCCAGUUGACUUAAAGGAAAAUUUGGGACUCUGCAGAUAGCCAUUUAGAUUCUAGAAGCAAGAUGGUACCCAUGGGUGAACACUCCUGCUUCAGGUUAAGCAUCCUUACAGUCAAUUCUUUCAUUCUCUGUGGUGUCACUUGGGAUUUCAACAUUUGUCUCCAGGAAAUCAGAGGAGCCUGGAGCUUUGCCAUUUGACUAGAAUACUACUGAUAUAAUGAAGUUCCUUCUGUGUGUAAAGCCCCUCGUGCUUGACCCUAGGGGAGAUACAAAGUUUAAAUAAGAUAUAGUCCCAAACCCUCAUGAAGCUUAUACCUAUAGUAAAAGGAUAAGGCACAUAUCCAAAUAACUAUACUUUUUAAAUAUUCUGUGAAAAUGCAUUAUAGAAGUGCAAACCAAAUAUCAAUAAGGCCAUUAAAGAGGCUUAACAAUCUUACCUGUGGGCUCUUUGGACGAGGGUGCCAAGUUGGGAAAAGGGAGAGAGACUUCAGUUUGGAGGAGGAAAGCAAAGUAGUCUUCACCUGAUGGGUGAAGGGGAAACUCAACUAGCCUCCUGAAAAAAAAGUCUUAUAUCGUUAUGUUUUUCCAAGGCUCUCCCCUUAAAGUUUCUCUAGCUUUUGAGAUGUUUUGUUAUGGUAAAUAAAAGAUCCUGUCAAUGUGGUAAA